AGAGAGAGCGAGAAGGAGGGAGAGAAGGAGCUGGGGGGGAUAGUGACUGACACACAGAGUGAAACAACAGCUAGAGGAGCGGGAAGGAGACGAGCGACAAAAUACGUCCCGACAUUCAGGGUUUGCGGGGACGAGCGGCGGAGAUUAAGCGGAAGGAAAAGUUGUGACCCCACUAAUCAGUGCGUGGGAGUGGGAGCAGGAUCGUGACUGACUGAGACAAGCGCCACUGUCUGUCUCGUCAUGGCAGGAUCUGGAGGUGACAUGCAGUGGUGCUUCUCUCAGGUGAAAGGAGCAAUCGAUGAUGACGUAGCAGAAGCGGACAUCAUUUCCACGGUGGAGUUUAACCACACAGGGGAGCUGCUAGCGACGGGAGACAAGGGGGGCCGUGUCGUCAUUUUCCAGCAGGAAAUAGAGAAUAAGAAUCAACCUCAGUUCCGGAGCGAAUACAAUGUUUACAGCACUUUCCAGAGCCAUGAGCCAGAGUUUGACUACUUGAAGAGUUUGGAAAUAGAAGAGAAGAUCAACAAGAUCCGUUGGCUUCCUCAAAAGAACGCUGCUCAGUUCCUGUUGUCAACUAACGAUAAGACAAUCAAGUUGUGGAAAAUCAGCGAACGGGACAAGAGACCGGAGGGUUAUAAUCUCAAGGAGGAGGACGGACGCUACAAAGACCCCAACGCCAUCUCGGGACUGCGGGUACCGGUCUUAAUACCCAUGGACCUCAUGGUGGAAGCCAGUCCACGGCGGGUGUUCGCCAACGCUCACACGUACCAUAUCAACUCCAUCUCGGUCAACAGCGACGAUGAGACCUACCUGUCUGCAGACGACCUGCGCAUCAACCUGUGGAACCUGGAGAUCACCGACCGCAGCUUCAACAUCGUUGACAUCAAACCGGCCAACAUGGAGGAGCUGACGGAGGUGAUCACAGCAGCGGAGUUCCAUCCUCUCCAGUGCAACACCUUCGUCUACAGCAGCAGCAAAGGAACCAUCCGUCUGUGCGACAUGAGGGCGUCGGCGCUGUGCGACAGGCACUCCAAGUUGUUCGAGGAGCCGGAAGAUCCCAGCAAUCGUUCCUUCUUCUCGGAGAUCAUAUCCUCCAUCUCGGAUGUAAAGUUCAGCCACAACGGACGCUACAUGAUGACCAGAGACUACUUGUCUGUGAAGAUUUGGGAUCUGAACAUGGAGAACAGGCCGGUGGAGACGUACCAGGUCCACGAAUACCUGAGGAGCAAACUGUGCUCGCUGUACGAGAACGACUGCAUCUUUGACAAGUUUGAAUGCUGCUGGAAUGGCAACGACAGCGUGGUGAUGACCGGCUCGUACAACAACUUCUUCCGGAUGUUCGACCGCGGCCAGCGGCGGGACAUGACCUUGGAGGCUUCCAGAGAAAACAGCAAGCCGAUGCAGGUCCUCAAAACCCGCAAAGUGUGCGCCGGCGGCAAGCGCAAGAAGGAUGAAAUCAGCGUGGACAGUUUGGACUUCAACAAGAAGAUUCUGCACACCGCCUGGCAUCCGCAGGACAACAUCAUCGCCGUGGCGACGACCCACAACCUCUACAUAUUCCAGGAUAAAGUGAACUAACGACGCGGUGGACUUAGCGUGAGAUCUGGCGCGGGUAACGUCAUCUGUCCCCCCCGCCCCCCAACAACAAUACCCCCCCGCACCCUCCCGCCACCCCCCCCCCCUCCCCCCCCCCCCGCAGCCUCAUCCAGGGUGACCCGCGGUAACGCCAACAACCAGCCUCCCUGUCCGCCGCUACUGGGUGACCAGACUUUGCCACUUUGUUCUAGAUGUGGACAGAGGAAGCCUCGCUCUUGCCCCACAUCAGCCUGUUCGUGGCAGAGUAUCACCUGCCUUGUUGUUUCAGUGAUGUUGUGCCAAUUCCUCCCCUGUCCCCCUUUUUUGGUAUGGCUUCCUUUUCUUUGUGUUUUUUUUUGCUAGCCCACCUGCCCCUUUUCUUCCUGUGGGGCAUCAUGGGUAAACGGGUUUGAUUUCCUUAGAAUUCUGAAUACAGACACCUUUUAUUUUUAUAACUUCCCCCCAUGGUCCUGUGGUAGAAGAUGAAAAACACUUAAUUAGUAAGUUACCGUAUUGUCCUGUGCCAUUGUAAUGUUUAUUUUUCUAAGAAGAAAAAAAAUGCCACUUUUUUUUUUUUUUUGAACACCUUUUUAUUCAUUCAUCUCAGUUGUAACUGUCCCAGUAUUCUUUGGGUCUCUUCACAUGUCUCCCCUCAUUCAUUAAACCAUGCGUACUCAACCGUCACAACAACCACUUGCUCGCAGUUUCCCUGACUCUCACAAACGGGACGGCAACACCUCAGCGGUUUGCCGGCGGUAGUUUGAGAUGUACAGUCAACGCCCGGCCCGUUGAGCAGUCGUCCCGUCCACUGCUGCUGUGCCUCAGCCCCCGGGUUGGUCAAAAAGGUCCAGACUUCACAUUAGACUUUUUUUCAAUUGGCUGUCUCGGCGUCUUUGCUCAUCGGUUCCUCCUCCUCCUCUAGCUCGCAUUCGACAAUAGUCAGGUAUGAGAGAUGGCCUAUUUAAAUCUAAUUACUAUGAUUGAACUCUUUUUUUUUUCUUUAAUAUAAAUAUGACAAAGGCCACCAGAUUUGUUCCGUCCCAUUUUGUGAAAUUAAACUGGACCUUUAACGUGUUUUUGAGAGAUCUUGAGUGUUGUCUUCCCGUGGUGGACCACAGCUCCGAAGCAGAACUUUGCAACUUUGAUUUGACACUGGACUCUUGCUGCACCAACUUAAGUACUUGGAUUUGUUGUAGGUUUAAAAGAAAAACGUUUGAGGCACUUAAAAGUGUUUGUUUAAACCACUACAGACAUUACUGCUACUGUGUUUACUGGUGCAAUAAGCCGCACGAGGAUUUGCAGCAGUUGUCUCCACAUGUAUUUAAAAAUGUGGACAGGUCAGAACUAUGUUGAUGCCUCUGGUAGUGUAUAACUACAGUUUUAAACUAUGACAGUGAAGAUAAUAAAGGAACUACUUUUUGCACCCUU